UCCUUCGCAUAGUUUUAAUCAUAUGUAAUUCCGAUUUCUCUUUCUUUUUUUUCUUUUUUCAUUUUCGCUGCUAUUCAGAGAGCCCGAGAUUCUGGAUUAGGAGAAUGCCGUAUUGCGAGGUGGGGAAAUAUCACAACGACGGCGGGGAUGCGUUGAACAUCGCCAAUGGAAUCAAGGUUUUCUAUCGGACAUACGGAAAUGGACCGAUUAAAGUUCUUAUGAUUAUCGGAUUGGCUGGGACUCACGAUUCCUGGAAUCCGCAGAUUAGAGGUCUGGUUGGGACGGUGACCCCAAACGACGACGAUUCGCCGGCGGGCGAUCGGAGCGAUGAGAGUGGCGGAGAAACCGCCGGCGUGGAAGUGUGCGCUUUCGAUAAUCGUGGAAUGGGUCGCAGCUCCGUUCCCACGAAAAAGUCGGAAUACACGACAAGAAUUAUGGCAAAAGAUGCCAUAGCUUUGAUGGAUCAUUUAGGUUGGGAAAAAGCUCAUGUCUUUGGUCAUUCAAUGGGUGCUAUGAUUGCUUGUAAGCUGGCUGCCAUGGUACCUGAAAGAGUAUUAUCUUUAGCUUUGUUGAAUGCAACUGGUGGAGGUUAUGAAUGCAUACCAAAGAUUGACCAGAAAUCUUUGUCGAUUGCAAUGCGUUUUAUGAGAGCAAAAACUCCGGAACAAAGAGCAGCCGUUGAUCUAGAUACCCACUACUCUGAGGAAUAUCUUGAAGAAUAUGUGGGACAAAAGACCAGAAGAUCAAUAUUAUACCAAGAAUAUGUAAAGGGCAUAUCCUCAACUGGUAUGCAGUCGAGGCAUGGAUUUGACGGUCAGGUUAAUGCUUGUUGGACUCAUAAAUUAUCACGAAGUGAAAUAGAGUCGAUCCGAGUGGCUGGAUUUCCCAUAUCAGUAAUUCAUGGCAGACACGAUGUCAUUGCCCAAUUACGCCAUGCAAAACGAUUAGCAGAGAAAUGUUACCCAUGGUCAAGAAUGGUUGAACUUAAUGGAGGCCAUUUAGUGAGCCAUGAGAGAACCGAAGAGGUCAAUAACGCACUUAUUGAGUUGAUCAAGGCAUCAGAAACUAUAAAAAGCCCCUACGAGUGGACGAAUCUUCCACAUAGAAGUGUUGGUUCUAAAGCUACCACGGUAUUAUUAUGGCGAGCAGUGAGCUCGUCUUUCAUUGUUGAGAGUGUAGGGAAGCUACACAUCUUUGUUGUAUAUUUUCUCGGCCUUUUUGUCUUGGCAUUUGACUAUCUACGAAGAGCCGUCCAGCGGCUUAAACCUGUCCGAGUAGGACAUGCUCUUACAUAAUCUAACGUCCUCAGAGACCUUUCUCCAACAGGUAAUCAAUUAAUUAACAGAUUCAGUUCUUCAACUCAUGGCUAGAAGAAUUCCCUCUUAUUAUGUAUGUAUAAUUUUUCUUCUUGUGUAGGGACUUUUUUUUUUUUUACCCUUUUUCACCAGGGAUAAAUUAAAGAGCAAUGGCAAAUGAGACAAAUAUAAAUGCAAUUUCAAGAUUAGUGCAGCAGACAAUGAAUUGGGAGAAAGAAAUCCCUGAAACUGGUAAAUGAGACUGUACUCUACUGUAUAUUGUAUAUUUUACAUACAAUAAGAAAAAAGGGAUUGAUUCUAAUUUGGUAACUCUUAUGCAUAUUCCCACUGUGGGUGUAAUGAAUUUCAGGAUCUUGAUAAUCUAUAUCAAUGUAAUUUAUUGUAUACCCUUUUCCAAAGUAAAAAGAUAUAAUGGCUCUGUUCUUCUCUA